AUGGAUUUUAUCAACCGAGUGUCCGAGUUUAGCAAGACAUCUCCCAUUCUCCACCACCGCCGUAGCUAUCCCCGUCAACCGUCUGCGUCGAUGUCGUCUUCUUACGAGCACGACGCCGAGCCUCUCCGGCGCAACCGCAUCCUCUCCAGCAAGCUCUACUUCGACGUGUCUCCGUCCAAGGUUCCGCUAAUCUACUCCGAGUCCUAUGACAUAGCGUUUCUCGGCAUAGAGAAACUGCAUCCGUUUGAUUCGUCGAAGUGGGGACGCAUUUGCCGAUUCCUCGUUUCGUUUGGUAUUCUCGACAAAAAUUGCAUCGUUGAGCCUCUGGAAGCUUCCAAGGACGAUCUUCUAGUGGUUCACUCAGAAUCGUAUCUGAAUAGCCUGAAGGAGAGUUCAAAAGUUGCUAUGAUAGUUGAGGUCCCUCCCGUGGCAUUAAUUCCCAAUUGUCUUGUGCAACAAAAAGUUCUUUUUCCAUUCAGGAAGCAGGUUGGAGGAACUAUAUUGGCUGCAAAACUUGCUAAGGAGAGAGGAUGGGCCAUUAAUGUGGGAGGAGGUUUUCAUCACUGCUCUGCAGAAAAAGGAGGUGGAUUCUGUGCUUAUGCAGAUAUUUCUCUUUGCAUCCACUUUGCUUUUGUUCAGUUGAAUAUAUCAAGGGUGAUGAUCAUUGAUCUUGAUGCACAUCAAGGAAACGGUCAUGAAAUGGACUUUGCCUAUGAUAGCCGAGUCUAUAUCCUGGAUAUGUACAACCCUGGAAUAUAUCCUUUGGUAAUCUCCUUUAUUUUGUCCUGCUAUAUUUCACUGAACAUUAUCUCCACUCUUAGGGAUAACUUUGCAAAUAAUGACCCCUUCUAG